CCGACCGGACCAAUAACAGAGUAACACCGCUGUCACAUGGAAGCAGAGUAUGAGGCUAUCCGCUAAAACAGACGCUUUUUAAAUGAACAUUUCUGUGUGUAUUUAGCUUUAUAAACCUUUCUCUUGAAGAGUUAACCUGUGCGACUUCAACACACCAUGGAAUCGGAAGGGAUGUCGCACCAUGCAGUCAGUUCAUCAGUAGAUGUGUCUCAGAGUGUUGAGGAGGACCCUUUAGUGGACGGACCGCUGAUCUCCCAUGAUGCCCUGCAGUCUGCUAUCAGGAGAGAAUUCACAACUCUCCCCACGCACUGUCCUGCUGUCCUGCUGCUGCUGCUGCAGGUGGUGUAUGUGUCUCUGAGUGUGUGUGUUGCUGUAGUGUGUGUGUUGGAGGUUGGCCGGGAGGAGUGUGUCCGUGUGUUGGGUAAUGUUCGGGGGCAGAGUGUGGUGGUGAUUGGGAAGGUGUUUGUGUGGCUGUGUGUGUUGUUGUUUGGUGUGUGUGUUCAGCAUCACCACAGCCGAGUGAGGAGCAGAGGAUACCUCCGUUUCUACAGAGACAACCGCACCCUGAAACACCUGCCCUUCCUCAUCCACUCUGCAGGGAACACGGCGGUGUUGGUGGUCAUGUCAGCUGAUCUGCCAGAGGCGGCUCAUCUUCCUGUUUAUCUGCUGCUAGGGAUUCUGGGACUGGAGCUCCUGGUCUCUCUGCCUUGUCUGAUCAUCUACACAGUCAGGGUGGUGAGAUUCAACAGAGACAGAGCUGGUCCAGAUAUCAGUCAGGAGGAACCAUCUAAAUCCUACAACACUACUGAGACUGGCUUCAGAGAGGGCUCCAGUCUGGAGGAGGUAGUGGAGAAACAAGCAGAUCUCAUCGACUACCUGAAGCAACACAACACCUUACUGAGCAAGAGACUGCUCAACAUGACUGUACAGCACUGACCACAAUACAACCACAAUACAACCACAACACCACCAUAAGAGACAGAGAGAGGAGGAUGGAAGAAGAGAAGAGUGUCACAGAUUAGAGGCCUCGAGUUUUAUUUCUCUGUGACCACCCCAAGUGACCUCUGGGUAGUGUGUCUGUGUAGAGAUUGUGCGUGAAAAGGGUAGUCAUUAGAGAUAUGUGAGAAAGAGGGAGGAGAGAUGAGGGAGGGAGAGAGAGAAAGAGAGGGAGGAGGAGAGAGACGAGGGAGAGAAAGAGAGAGACGAGGGAGGAGGGGUAGGGAACCAUGUUAUCAGGGCCGUGUGUGUGUGUGUGUGUGUGUGUGUGUGUGUGUGUGUGGUGUGUGUG